AUGCUCCACAUCGCCGGCUCGGAGGGGCCUGGCGCGGUGCUCGUCUUCGUGCCAGGGUGGGCGGAGAUCACCGACUGCGUCAAGGAGCUCGAGGGGGCCCAGCACAGGAGCGGGGAGAGGUGGCACAUCUUCCCCCUCCACUCGAUGGUGCCUCCCCACGAGCAGAACCAGAUCUUUCAGGUCUUCCCCGAGGGGUCCAGGCAGAGGAAGAUCAUCGUGAGCACCAACAUCGCCGAGACGUCCAUCACGGUGGAGGACGUCGUCUUCGUCAUCGACUCGGGGCUGAUCAAGGGCACCACGUACGCCCCCAAAACGAACGUGGCCACGCUGGAGGCCCUACAGAUCUCGCGCUCGAACGGGCAGCAGCGGCGCGGGCGCGCCGGGCGCGUGCGCCCCGGCAAGUUCUUCAAGCUCUACUCGCGGAUUGACUGGGACGAGAUGUCGGACUCCAUGGAGCCCGAGAUGCAGCGGACGCCCGUGGAGGAGCUCUGCCUGCAGGUGCGGGCGCUCGACCUGCCGGGCCGCAUCGGCGCCGUGCUGGGCCGCGCCAUAGACCCGCCGGAGAAGCUGGCGGUGUCCAACGCCAUCUUCCUGCUGCGGUCCCUGGGCGCCCUGGACGCCGAGGAGCAGCUGACCCCGCUGGGGUGGAAGCUGGCGCUGCUGCCCAUCCACCCGUCCCUGGGCAAGAUGAUGCUCCUGGGGUCGCUGCUCGACUGCGUCCCGGAGCUGCUGUCGGUGUGCGCCACGCUCUCCUCCAAGUCGCCCUUCGUGAUGCCCUUCGGCAAGGAGAAGGAGGCCGACGCCGCGAAGCAGGCCCUGGGGCAGGGGCUCUCCAGCGACCACCUGCUCUACGCGCGGGCAGUCGCCUCGUGGUUGCGCAUGGGGCCCCGCGACCGGAGCUCCUUCUGCUUCGACUACUUCCUCUCGGACAAGGCCCUGCAGCAGAUCGACAAGACCCGGCGCGACCUCCACCAAUACGUCGUGGACCUCAAGCUGCGGCCCGCCGGCGAGAAGCUGCCUCCUGGGGACGACAGCCUGGGCCCAGAGCGGUGCGCGGAGCUGCAGUUCGCGCUCGCCUCGUCGCUGCCUCUCGCCACCCGCCCGCCCUCGCAGAGGAAGUUCAGGUGCCUGGAGGCUACCCACGCGUCCUGCGCCGUGCACCCAAGCUCGCUGCUGGAGCACAUGUCCUCUCCCAAGCGGCGCUCCUGGGAGGGCGAGGGGGCGUACGGCGUGCUCUGCUGGUUUUCUCGCCUGAAGACCGCCGAGCUGUACCUGCACGACGCCUCCCUCGUCGCAGACGUCCUGCCGCUGGUGCUGCUGUCGCCGUUCGUCGCGCCGCGCGAGGGGCACCCCGCGGUCUUCGAGGUGGCCGCGCCGCCCAUGGGCGACGAUGCGGACGACGAGGGCGAGGGUCCGGCGGCCGACGGGGCGGACAGCAUGGGCGGCGGGAGCCUCGGGGAGUCCGCGCCGCCCCCGCCGCCGCUGCUGCUGAAGCUGGGCGACGCGGCGCUGGCGGGCCCCGUGUGGGAGCUGCGGGGCAAGCUGGGCGAGCUGGUCGACCGGAUCAUCGGGCAGCCCCCGGCGAAGCUUCCGCAGGAGGCGGCCGCGGCGUUCCACGCGCUCCGCGGCCUGCUCCACGCCUCAUACCAGCUGCACGCCGCGGAGCCAGAGGCCUGCGAGGAGUUCGGCGGCGACCCCUCCCAGGAGGAGCCCCAGCCUCAGGGGCAGCGUGGCGGCGGAUGGAGGAGCGGCGGCAGGGGCCGAGGAGGCGGCGGCGGCGGCUACCCCUGGUGGCAGCACGUCCGCGGCAAGGGCAAGGGCAGGGGCUGGUGA